ACUACAAAAAUGAAGAAAAAAAAAAAGAAAAUGCCCUAAAAAAUAAAUAUGGUACUUAUUUAUGUAUGUAUUUAUUUAUUUAUUUAAUCGUCACGUCCAUAUCGCGAUGGAUUAUGGGUCAUUUCCCGAGCGAAGUCUGGUGAAGUCUGCAUCCCGUGGGGACUAUCUGGAGGACUGCAGAAAGUCCGCUUGAAGCCCCUUGUGGACUUGAUGAAUGGUAGAUAUGGACAGCCCUCGGCACUCACGGACUGUCCCGCACCGCGCCCGUUAAUUCAGCGACUCAGCGCCAGUGCGGUGAAGUCCGGACGUUUGGAUUCAGCCAUACUCUCCAUAUCUCACGCUAGUACAGGUGAAACGACAAAACGAUCAAGUGUUGUGUUGCCAAGAAGGAAACCACUUUUUGCGGGGUCUCUUGUGUCGUGAAGUCAACCGUGAUGGCCAAGCUCCAGGGCUUUGAGUUCUGGAAUAAGACACUGAAAAAGGCACGCUUUGUGGUGGCACCCAUGGUGGACCAGAGCGAGCUGGCCUGGCGCCUGCUGAGCCGCCGACAUGGUGCUCAGCUCUGCUACACCCCCAUGCUGCAUGCUCAGGUAUUUAUCCGUGACGCCAACUACAGGAGAGAGAACCUCUACAAUGAGGUUUGUGCGGAGGACAGACCUCUCAUCACACAGUUUUGUGCCAAUGAUCCAGAGGUGUUCCUUGAGGCGGCUCUGCUGGCCCAGGACUACUGCGACGCCAUUGACCUCAACCUGGGCUGUCCGCAGAUGAUAGCUAAGAGAGGGCACUAUGGAGUCUUCUUACAAGAUGAAUGGGAGCUGUUAGAGAGAAUGAUCAGGUUAGCCAAUGAAAAGCUCUCGGUGCCCAUCACAUGUAAGAUCCGUGUCUUCAAGGAGAUUGAAAAGACGGUCUCCUAUGCCCAGAUGCUGGAGAAAGCUGGAUGUCAGCUGCUGACAGUGCAUGGCAGAACCAAAGAGCAGAAAGGAGCCAUGACAGGUAUUGCUAGCUGGGAGCACAUCAAAGCAGUACGGAAAGCAGUUAAUAUUCCAGUGUUUGCUAAUGGCAACAUUCAACACCUGAGUGAUGUGGAGCGCUGCAUUCAGGAGACAGGGGUCCAGGGAGUUAUGAGUGCAGAGGGGAACCUCCAUAACCCCGCACUAUUUGAGGGCCUCAGCCCUCCAGUGUGGGAGAUGGCUGAGGAGUAUCUAGAGGUGGUGAAGCAGUAUCCUCCCUGCACGCUGUCCUAUGUGCGAGCCCACCUCUUCAAGCUCUGGCACCACACUCUACAGAUCCACCAGGACCUGAGGGAGGAGUUGGCCAAGGUGAAAAACCUAGAAGGUUUGGCCGAUGUCAGCAAAAAGCUGAGGCUGCGCUGCCAGGAGGAGAUAGCCAAAGGAAAGGAUGUGGAAGAGAAGGAGGGCAGCCAGCCCUUCCCCCACUGGAUCUGCCAGCCUUACGUCAGACCAGUGCCUAAGGAGCCAGUUGCCAAUGGUAACAGCCAGGGUUCAGAGGUGAAAAGGACAGCGUGUCAGAAGAGAGCACUGGAGGACUCUGAUGGAUCUGCUGACACACUCUCCAAAAACAAGCAGAAGAAGAGAUCCCGCAACCCCAACAAGAACUUCUGUCCCGAGCAGAAACCCAAGUACAUCAAAUGUGAACAGUGUGGGAACCCAAAGGGAAAUAAGUGUGUCUUCAACCUGUGUCGAGGGUGCUGUAAGAAAAAGGCCUACAAGGAGGUGGCAGACUGUCCAAGCCAUGGGUUGAGGUUCAAGACCAAGGCAGAGAAACGGAAAGCUGACGAGGACAACGGGAAGGAGGGCUCAGCAACAGAGACAGAGAAAAGCAGCAGCUCCCCUCAGCUUAUCCCACAGCCAAGUACAGCGCUAUGAGCAGGACUAUGGCUAUCUCUACAUGCACAAACCAUAAAUUGCUGUUAAUACGGUUCUGAGCCGUCAAGUGUUCAUCAUAGUAACGAUCAGUACAGCAAGGCUGUUGUGAGGACCUGCUUUGAUAUAUUUUGAUGGUGAUGAACACAUGACGGGCGAGCUUUUGUGUUUACUCGGGCAACUUCAGGUGAGCAGGUUUAUAUGUGCAUGUAGAGGUAACCAAUGAUUAGUCAGGACGGUAUACACAGCUGCUAAAUAACCUCAAUAUCUGUUGUUUCUCCAGGAAGAGACUGUCUGUUAUGGACUAAUGAUGAAAUACGUACAUUGAUCACCAGACCAAAACCAUAAAGUAAAAAAGAAAUAUUUUUUUAUUUGAUUUGGAUUUCCAGGACGAUAAUUAGCUUGGCAUUUUUUUCGGCAGGAGAGAUGGGAAGUUU